AUGAUACCAGUUUGUCAAAAGUUUGAACAAACAUUUAUUAAGGAUAUAUUAUCAUUGUUGGUUCUAUAUAUGAAAACCAAAAUGAUUAAUUUAGUAAAAAAAGAAGAAGAGGAUAAAUUAAAUCAAAUAACAGAAUCUAUUCAUGAUAAAUUAACAGUAUCAUCAAAUGAUAAUAAAGUAGAUCCAAAUCUAUCAUCAAUCGUUUUCACUGGUCUCUAUUAUAUUUUAAAGGUUGCCUUAAAGAAGAAAGUUUCAAAUCAAAUAUUCGUCGCUGAUAUAACUGAUCUUAAAUUACCACAAAACUUAAUAACUGAUUUAACAAAUAUUUAUAACACUCAGAGUAAAGAUUUAGCAGAAAGAUCAAAUAAUGAUAAGAUAUUAUUCCCUCAGUUAUCAAGUUUUAAAUGGAGAGUUGAUGUAAUCAUUAGCAGUAGUUUUACAUCUAGAGUGCUCAAUCCUGUAAUUUUAAUGGAAAUGAACGAUACCAAUGGUAAAUCAAAAGUAUUUGAAGUUUCAAUCGAUAAUUUUCAUAAACUUCGUUACAAUGCCGCAAAAUUAUUAAAAGAUUUGGAAGAUUUAGAACAAAUUCAAAUCCUUUCAAAAUUAGAAAAUAAAUAA